UGUCAGUUGCGAAUUAAUAUAAAUAUUAUUUUUUCCGUUUUCCCGUGCAUAUGAAGCUGAUAAGGCUAUAAUUUGCGUGUUUUGUGUGGAUAAGAUGUUUCCAAUGAGGAUCAAAAUAACAGCUCGUCAAAACGAGUGGAGAUGUUGUUUCUGCCUCCAUGUCAGAACUGCCACAAUAUUCUUGGGAAUAUGGCAUUUGAUACUUCAUGUGUUGGCUUUGACAGUGCUGGCACUGUUGAUGAGAAAUCAUCACAUCAUGGUGCAAAAGCACAAUGAGUUUUCUCAAUCGGACUUUUUGCCCACUCCAUUGAGCAAAGUUAAGGAGGAAAACAACCCGUAUUAUUUGCCUACAACCCAAGAUGGCAGGACAAUCUAUUCAUCUGAUAUCGACAUGGGUGCGCUUAUGACGGUUUUCACCCUCUCUAUCUCCUUGUUGAUGGUCUAUGGUGCCAUAAAAGGAAAGGCAACGCACCUGUUGCCGUUUUUCUGCCUUCAACUGUUCGAUUUCGCCAUAACGACCUUGACGGCAACCGGAUACUUUUGCUACUUGCGUUCGGUGCACCGCUUGGUGGCCGAGCACUGGCACAACCUGCCGUUCCGCAACGAGUUGCUGCAGUUGAGUCCGCAGUACCUGAGUCUGCUCGUGCUGGCGGCCUUUCUGUUCUCGAUGAUGUGGAAGGCGUACUGCAUCGGCAUCGUCUGGCGUUGCUACAAGUACUUGGCGCUCAAGCAGCAAACCAGGCACCACGCCAUACACUACAUUCUGCCGGGGGAAGGCUCCGAUCGCACCGAACCGACGGAUUACCCCUCGCUGUUUAGAGAUCAGGAGAGCGCUUCGGCUUUCGGGGCUCUAAAACAAACCCCCCCGCCCUCUUACCAGGACAUCAUGGACGAUCAACCCCCACCGUACCCCUCCAAUCUCUCCUUAUCCCCGCAAGACUCCCCCGAUUCUUCGGUACGCGUCGGUAUUUUCCCUGCGACUUCCGAUCGAGUGGACGGCAACGCUGCGCCGGUCGAGGCGCCCUCUGGCGACGUCGAAGGCAACGCCGCCCCCGCAGCGCCUGCCGAUUCGGCAACCACUCGGGUUGUCGUUGAAACGGAAGUCGCUGCUGUUACAACGCACAAAGAGUAA